AUGACUGAUUUGAUCUCGAUUUUGCCUCCCGAAUCAUUCAGUACAUCUUCUCGUUUAUCGGACAGCGGGCUGUGUCGAAUGUGUGAAAGAGCGACGCGAUGCUUCGAUGUUUGGGACAACAAGUCGAAUCAGUAUACAUCAAAUCUCAAGCCACGUAUAAAGUACUGGAACGACUUGCUUGGCGAAGAUACAGCAUUCGCUUCCUUGGUGAAUCGCCUGUGGUCUUUCUGUAUUCAUUGCUGGGAUGUCUUGGCACGCAACCAAUUCACACAGCUGACAAGUUUGGGGUUGACGGACAUCACUGGUAUGUCAAGCGAAGAUUGGUCCCAGAUUUUGCUCAUGCAGCAACAAAAUGAGAUCUUGGAAGUUGGAAAUCGCGCUGGAAUAACGCAGUAUCUGAACAGCAUUAUCGCAACCAUCGAGGCAGGAUGGAUUGUGUGGGCACAACGACUUGAGGAAACCAAAAUACUGAAUCUGGAACUGACAGCCGUGAAAGGUGUUACUGGUGCUGUCCUUGAGCAUUUUGAACAAGUCGAGAGCUCGGUGCUAUUGCGUGUUUCACGGAUCUAUAGUCUCACCAAUGCAGGCAUCAAUGCUUUUCGUAUCAUUGAAGGAUCUAAUCCAGGAUUGAUGGAAAGGCAGCACGAUGUGGAUCUGGUCGGCAGCGAGUCUGGUGCCCUUUCAAACCUGAGCGAAAGCACAGACUAA